AUGACAACUUGCUCCAACAUAGAUACUUUGCCAGAGGAUUGUGUUUCAAAAAUUCUAUCCUACACAUCUCCACCAGACGCAUGUAAUUUCUCAAUGGUUUCCUCAGCUCUUCAAUCACCUGCUAACUCUGACACACUCUGGAGAACCUUCUUACCCUCUGAUUAUGAUCACAUCCUUUCAAGAAUCCUCAAUCCUUUAACUCUUGAAUCUUCUUCAUAUAAACAUCUCUUCUACUCUCUCUCCCAACAACCCCUUCUCCUAGACAAAGGCAACAUCAGUCUUAAAUUGGAUAAGUCUUCGGGUAAAAAAUCAUAUAUAUUAUCUGCUAGAGAAUUGUCGAUAACAUGGAGCAAUGAUCCAAUGUAUUGGAGCUGGAGACCAACUACUGAAUCAAGAUUUGCAGAGGUGGCAGAGCUAAGAACAAUAAGCUGGUUAGAAAUAAAAGGCAAAAUAAGAACAAAAGUUCUAACACCAAACACAUUAUACGCAGUUUAUCUCAUCACAAAGGUUUCACAUCGUGUGUAUGGACUUGAUUAUGCUCCUGCUGAGGUAUCAGUUUCAGUGGCCAACAGAGUGCAAAAUUCCAAGGCAUAUUUGUAUAAUAAAUAUGAAGAUACUCUAUUUUGUGAGAAGUAUGAGGGGAUUCAAGUUCCGUCGAAAAGAGAUGAUGGGUGGAUGGAAAUUGAAUUGGGAGAGUUUUUAUGUGGUGAUGAAAUUGAAGAUGAUGAAGAGGUUAAGAUGAGUGUUAUGGAGGUUGGUUAUAGAUUGAAGGGUGGUCUCAUAGUUGAAGGAAUUGAAGUUAGACCAAAACAUGUUUGA